UCAAGUUGUAGAAAGCAACUAGCAUCACAUACAGUAUAAACUGUACAGCAGUGAUGAGGCACAGCACACUUCUGUUCUGCAAAUCAUGUUUCAUUUUGUUCCAGCUCCUGCAAUCUGGACUUUCAGUGAUGGUGUCACUUGGAGACUCGGUUACACUUGACUGCAACAUAGACCAGAGCAGCUUAAGGAACUUAUGGUUGAAGCAAGACAUUGGACUGGCUCCUCAGGUCCUGUGUGAGCUGUUGCAUUAUGAAACCUCAUCUCCAUGUGCUGUAGACCCACUUAAACAACAUUUGAUCACAGAGAGAAACAAAGACAGAUUCAGCUUGAACAUUUCAGAUAUCAGGCCAUCUGAUUUGAGCACUUAUUUCUGUGCAGAAGUAACUUCAUCUGAAACAAUUGUCUUCAGAAAUACUAUUUUUUUGACAACAAAAGAUUUCAGAGGAGAGAUGAAGAAGGUUGAAGUGUUUGAGACAGGUCAGCAUAAGGAUCAUUCCACCACAGUGUGUACAAUGUACAGCAUCACCCAUAUGGGAAACUCCACUGUUAAUUGGGUCGGGGAUCAAAUGGGAGAGUUGCUUACAGGAAUCAUUUACACCGACAGACUGACCAGCACUCUGUCUAACAGCAGCAGCAGCUCCCAACUGGAACUUCCAGGAAAGAAAUGUGCCUACAACUUCCAUGGAAAGACCUACAGACACUCUUAUUCUGAAGCCCAUCAGUGUGCAGUUACAGGGUGUUCUGGACUUCUUUUUAGAGACGUGUUCAAGGGCAACAUUACAGAAGAUUCUCAUCGUGAAACUCAGGUAUGGUGAUGGGAGUAUUUUGGUUUUGGCUUCAGAACCCAGAGAUCUUGGUAUCAAUGACAGAACCAUGAAUUUGGUGUUGUAUCAGCAAAUUCUGGAGGAGAAUGUCCUUCCAUCCAUUCCUCAGUAGAAGCUCAGCCAAAAGUUUGUAUUUUCAAAAGUCGGUAGCAGUCUUCUAUACAAAUAAACAUAUCUACAAUAGAAUGGCUAAAGAAGAAAUUUAAUAUUUUGGCCUAGUCAAACUUUGGGCUUAAAUUCCAUUGAAAUGUUAUGGGAGAACCUGAAGCAAGUUGUUUAUGCAAAAAGACAAACAGACCCUCAAAUGACAUCCACUUGAAUCGGUUUUAACGAAUAAUGAGAUGGAAUUUCUAAAAGCCAAUGAAUGACAGAGAUAAAAAGUUACAGGAAUCAUAUAGUUGAGGUCAUUGUUCUCAAAGAAAUACUACCAUUUAUUGAAUCUAAAGGUUCAC